GGGCGGGGGGGGCGGCUCUACUCUCGUCUCCGGGAUCCCGAGGCCUGGAUGGCGGCCGGAGCGCCGCGGGCUCCGCGCUAAGCCUCGGCCCGGCCCGGCCCCUGAGGAAGCGGAUCCGAGGAGGAGCCCGGGAGCGGGAGGAACAUGACAUCCCGGAGAUGGUUUCACCCAAAUAUCACUGGAGUGGAGGCAGAAAAUUUACUGCUGACACGAGGCGUUGAUGGCAGCUUCUUGGCCAGGCCCAGUAAGAGUAAUCCAGGAGACUUCACACUUUCUGUUAGGCGGAAUGGUGCCGUCACUCACAUCAAGAUUCAGAACACUGGCGACUAUUAUGACCUGUAUGGCGGGGAGAAGUUUGCCACGCUGGCUGAGUUAGUGCAGUAUUACAUGGAGCAUCAUGGGCAGCUGAAAGAAAAGAAUGGUGAUGUUAUCGAACUCAAAUACCCGCUGAACUGUGCAGAUCCUACCUCGGAAAGGUGGUUUCAUGGGCACCUCUCUGGGAAAGAAGCAGAGAAAUUACUAACUGAGAAAGGCAAACAUGGAAGCUUCCUAGUGCGGGAGAGCCAGAGCCACCCGGGGGACUUUGUUCUCUCUGUCCGCACGGGGGAUGAUAAAGGCGAGAGUAACGAUGGCAAGUCAAAAGUGACACACGUCAUGAUUCGCUGUCAGGAUCUGAAAUAUGAUGUUGGUGGAGGAGAGAAGUUCGAUUCUUUAACAGACCUUGUGGAGCAUUACAAGAAGAACCCCAUGGUGGAAACUCUGGGCACAGUGCUUCAGCUUAAGCAGCCCCUGAAUACAACUCGAAUCAAUGCUGCGGAGAUUGAAAGCCGUGUGAGAGAAUUAAGCAAAUUAGCUGAGACCACAGAUAAAGUGAAACAAGGUUUUUGGGAAGAAUUUGAGACUUUACAACAGCAGGAAUGCAAGCUCCUAUAUAGCCGUAAAGAGGGUCAGCGGCCAGAAAAUAAAAACAAAAACAGAUACAAGAACAUUUUGCCAUUUGAUCAUACCAGGGUUGUCCUACAUGACGGGGAUCCAAAUGAACCAGUUUCAGAUUACAUUAAUGCAAACAUUAUCAUGCCUGAAUUUGAGACCAAGUGCAACAAUUCAAAGCCCAAAAAGAGUUAUAUUGCAACUCAAGGCUGUCUGCAGAACACAGUGAAUGACUUCUGGAGGAUGGUGUUCCAGGAGAAUUCACGAGUUAUUGUCAUGACAACAAAAGAAGUAGAGAGAGGCAAGAGUAAAUGUGUGAAGUACUGGCCCGAUGAAUAUGCUCUGAAGGAGUAUGGGGCUAUGCGCGUUAGGAACGUCAAAGAAAGCGCUGCUCAUGACUAUACGCUCAGAGAGCUUAAGCUCUCCAAGGUUGGACAAGCUCUACUUCAGGGGAACACGGAGAGAACAGUGUGGCAGUAUCAUUUUAGAACCUGGCCUGAUCAUGGCGUGCCUACUGACCCUGGGGGGGUUCUGGACUUUUUAGAAGAGGUCCAUCACAAGCAGGAGAGCAUUUCUGAUGCGGGCCCUGUGGUGGUGCAUUGCAGUGCUGGGAUCGGCAGGACAGGAACUUUCAUUGUGAUUGAUAUCCUUAUUGACAUUAUCAGAGAGAAGGGUGUGGACUGUGACAUUGAUGUUCCCAAGACCAUUCAGAUGGUGAGAUCACAGAGGUCAGGGAUGGUCCAGACAGAAGCCCAGUACAGGUUUAUCUACAUGGCUGUGCAGCAUUAUAUCGAGACGCUGCAGCGCCGGAUUGAGGAGGAGCAGAAAAGCAAGAGAAAAGGGCAUGAAUAUACAAACAUCAAGUAUUCCCUAGCGGACCAGACAAGUGGCGAUCAGAGUCCUCUCCCACCCUGUACCCCGACUCCAACCUGUCCAGAAAUGAGAGAAGAUAGUGCUAGAGUAUAUGAAAAUGUGGGAUUGGUGCAGCAGCAGAAGAGUUUUAGAUGAGAAGACCUGCCAAGGUUUCAGCUCAGAGCUGGAUAUGACUAUUCCUCCCCACCCCCAAAAGGUCAAGAAAGAUGCACGGACUUUCAUGUGAAGAAUGAAUUUGGAAGGUUUGCAUUCUGACUGUUUAAUAACUUCCGCUAAUAAGCAAAGUGCAAAACCAUAUAAGAAACAUGAUUUUCUCUCUCAACAAUACCUGAUUUACAAUUGCUUGUUUUUUAAAUAAGAAGAAAUCAUCUCUACAAUGUAGACAAUAUUAUAUUUUAUAGAAUUUUGUUUUAAAUUGAGGAAGCUAUUAAAUUUUCAUUUCCACAUUUUGCAGAUGAUGGUGAUUAAAAUUCAAGUGAUCAGCAUUUUUCUUUUUAAAAUUGGAGCAGAUUUAUUCUCUUUCUCUCUGUGAGGCAUGAAAGGGCACUUUUUGAAGGAGCAAUGAUUUCGGAAAAUCUGUCAAAAUAACAUCCAGUACAAAUGGGAACAAUUUUUUACUAUCUGUUAUAAAUGAUAGGGGAUAGAAUCAUGUCCUAAUGUCUAAAGCUCACAGAGUUGAGCAUUUCCUUUCUAAUUGGCCACUUCAAAGUGGAAGGUGACAACGGCUUUUGGAGAGGAGGUGCCUUCUUUUGUUAGCAGAUGGCUGAUUUACUCCUCAGCCUAGUCGUGGAAGGUUUUCUUUGAACCAGAGUCACUGUCUUUAUGCUCAAGGGAAAAUCCUUCUGCUGAUGACCAGUGUUGGAGGGAACAUUCGCAGCCAUUCAGAGAAGCGGCAGCUUGUAGCAGUGGCAGGAGGUGGCAGCAGCCCGGGGUGACUCCUGUGGGCAUCAUGAUCAUCUAGCGGUUUGACAGUUGGAGGCAGAAGACCUUUGAGUGAGCAUCUGGUGAUUCUUUAUGAUUGCUCAGCCCCUGCCUCCGUGCUGUGCCAUGUGUGAGCUGAUAUGUGGAACCCUUUCCCCAUGCUUGGGGCUCCUCUGGUUUUCAGUAAGGCCUUACACAUCUCUAGGUGAUCUGUACUUCAGAAUCCAGUGGAAGGAGCCAGUGUGAGCCAGGCCCCUCAAGUGGAUCUAUCUGUGUGAGCACAGAGGGUUGGCAUAGCAAGGCAAGAAGGAGUCUGCACCAGGACUGGGGGCAGGAUUACCAGCAGUAGCUCGUUUCUGUUUCAUUGAAUGGGAUUUUCACCAACCUUCUUUUACCUUAAGUGCCUUCCAGAGCCACAUCCCUCUCUGCUCUCUGUGUUCCACCAGUCUUCAUUGUGUUUAUUUCAGCUGAAGUAUUUUUGGUCAUGUUUGUAAAGACUAAUAAGCUCCUCUAGUGACUUUCCUUUUGAGCCCCUGUGAUAACUACUCAGGUUCCUUGCCCUGUGGCUGUCUUUCAUUUCUGUCUCAGAGGCAGAGUGGAGCCGACUCAAUGACUAGAUCAGGCCUGAAUCACCAAGGGGGGAAGCUUCUUUCCAGUAGAGCUGGGCCAGAGUAUUGGUUUUCCCUGCAGUCAUUUGGGAAGACCUGCUUGGUCAUUCCCACAAGCAGAAGGGCCAACGCCUUGCCCUUUGCUAGACCACAGUGAGACUGGCUGGCUGUAUUAUGUGGGAUCCGUGGAGGGCUUCCACUGCAUCAAUCAGGCUGGGUGCGGCUGGGCCUGAGAUGAGAGAGAAUUCAGGUCCUCUGCCAAAGGGGGCUGUAUAGAGCCUGUGUUUGUGGGAAUUGAGGUGAGUGCAUCUUUUGAUUGCACAAUUGGAAACUCUUCUGUUUGCCUCUACUUUAUUGUAGUACUUUGGACUCUUGACUUUGGGAUAGACUUUCACCAGCAUAUAUCCUUAUAUUUGUACAAUGGUUUGAUUGUGCAAAUGUAUUUGUUGCAUUAAUGUCAAUGCCUGUCGGGUAGAAUCAGUAGUAUUUGCACUCUCUGAACACAACUUGUCCUGUAACUUGAUGGUGAGGUAACUCCUUUCAUUUGGCUUUGUGAAGUCCUGUUUGGGACACUGGUUUAAUGAAACCUUUUCUUAUUUUCCUAAAUAAGUAUAGUAUCACAGUAUUGUCAAACUAUCUUAGUUCUGCCAGAUCGCUGAAUGAUCAUUGAGCACUGGAUCCCUCAGUGGAGCUGGGAUCUCCUCAAGAUGGGCGGACACUCUUUGUGACGAUGCCAGUGAAAGCCCAUCCACACCUUCUUGUCUUGCUCAGCCCUCGUCCAUGCUGUCCUGUGACUCUUCCCCAGAGGGAAGACCCAGUGCCCCCAGGGUCUGCCUCUAGAUCCCUGGACACUGUGUGAGUGCCGGGGGGCGUGGCGAUCUCAUGCUCUUGCUCCAUGACUGUGCCUCCUCUCUCUUUUCUGCUCUUCUGUCUGUCUGAUUCUUUGUUGCUAAAGUGCUGUAUGCCUUGUCACGCCCAUGCCCCUGGUGACCUGCAGCUUUAACCUUUCCAAGGCUGGUAGUCCACAGUUUGCAGCCAUGAAGCGUCAUCAGAACUUGGUCACAUAUUACCAAAUUGCACGUGAGCUUGUGUGAUGCUCAGUAGGGCACAGUGUAGGGCACGAGCCAUGACAGAUUGGCAAGUGGAGCUCGCAGAAUCAGUAGUUUAGAAAAGGCGGUUUAUGAGGAGCAGCAGAACCAGGGGCAGAAGCAGUCAGUGAUGGAUGAAUCAGAUGACCUCGAGUUGUGUUUGAAGUCCCAUUCAUUCUGUGGCCAACAAAUGAAUUUUGCUACCAGAGUUGAAAAAAUAUUGGAAUGCCUUCACUAAGAUUUGGAAAUUGUUCCAUGUGAAGGCUUCAAGGCUUCAUAUUGUUCAAGUCACAUACGGUAUAAGUUAUUCAACUGAAUUAAUAGUUAGUUUGUUAGUGAGCACCAGGGCACUUUGCUAGGUUCUUGGGGGAUGCCAAGAUUUAAAAAAACAAAAAUAAAAACAGAGAGAGAGAGAGAGAUAGCAUCUGCCCUCAAGGAGAGCCAUGCCGUGAACAGUGGAAUUUUUGGCACAAAAAUGUGUGUGUGCACAUUCAUUCAAAACCUGUUUUCAUUUGAAGUAUCCAUGCUUGAUUGUAGCACUCUGGCCAACUGCCUACCUUGCCCCCUGUGGUCCUUAUUCUGAGUUUCCUGUCAUUUACAUAUCGUCCAAAAGUGAGCUGGCUCUUUUAAGUUAUGAAACUAGGAUUCUGUGUUUUGAGCUGGAGAAUUUGUCUGGAAUGGGGUAUUGGAAUUAAAACCGAAUUAAACCAAUGAAUUCAAGAAGAUUUCAGAGUUUAUGACUCCUUUAGGGGAAAACCAGAAGCUUCUACCUAGUGUGUGGCCCUGCUGAAAACCAUGGCAGUUUGCUCAAGUUGAAAGGAAUGUACUUUUUCAUGUGGUUGAUUGGGGAGGGGGAAGGGAGAGAGAGAUGGAGGGAUUAUCUUGAGCAUCUCCAGGCCAGGUCCUUGUACAGGCUGGAAAUGUGCUUUGGUACAAGUAGAGGAGAUUGUCCUGUUAGCUGUGAGAGUCCAUGAUUAAGGUGGAUUUCCAUUUCUUGCACACAUACCAGCAUGUGCUCCUGACUACAUAUCUUCAUUACCUGCACGUCUGAACUCAGAGCACUCAUAUGUAGUCCGUGCAUAAAACUGACAACACAACACUGUCACCAACAGCCAGUUUUCCGAUGUGGGGACCUUUCUUUCAGAUUUAGUUACAGUUAAAAACAUCAAAGUGCCAUUCAGCUUUUUGCUAUUGGAAGGCGUAAAACUAAUCAUUUAAAAAACAAAAUAAAACAAAAAUCUAAAUACAGAGAGGUGUGAAUUGUUCAGAUAUGUGGGGCACCCUUCUGUACUGAGAACAAAGGGUAGAUUAUCCAGGUAAGCACACACAUUGUCUACCAGCCUCCACCCCCUCCAAAAAAAAAAAAAAGCCAACCCCUUUGCUGGGAAGAUGGUAGCAUGUGUUGAGUUUGGCGGUGUGUUUGCACAAAGACAAAUGUGCAGUGACAAGGGCAUCGUACUGUGAACUUUUUUGAGGCACUGUGAAGUCAGUAAUCUAGUUAUUUUUAAAAAGUGUGGUUCCCUAAUGGGUGUUCUUUUGUAAUGGAGCAAUAUUUGCUCCCAUGUUAACAAAGCAGGUAGUUAUACUAGGAGACCCUGCUGCAUCCCCUGCAUCCCCUGUGUAAAGGAAGUCCACACUGAGUCCUUUCUGAUUUUCUCAACUUUGGGCUGCACCAAGGGGGAAAGGAAUGCAUGUCCAGAGCUAAUACAGAUGUUUAAAAUGGUGGUGCUUAAUUGGCUCGCCUUUGGUCCCGCCCCUCCCCAACCCUGUUCAUUCCACCCUUCUCUGAUGGAUUAAAUAAUAGCUAAUCGAUUGCUAGAAAGUGUGUCCAGGGAGUAGGGGAUUCCACCGACAAAAGUGCAUGUUCAUGUUUCUGGAAUGAACUGUUUUGAAGCUCCCUUCAAGUUCACCUUAUUUAUCGACUCCCAUUGUAUCUCGAGAUAUUCUAGUAGGUGUUUUUAAAAAAUAAUUUGGCAUCAUGGAUUAUUUCUAGUUCAGUGGAAUGGGAAAAAGAACUGAGUUAGAAAUAUUUGGUUAUAGAUUACUUACACCACAAGAAAACUUAAGAGUGUAACUCCUGAGGCACAACACACACACAUAUCUAUAUAUAGGAUAUAUUUUUUACCAGUACAAACCUGGUACAGUUUUCGUUGACUGUGCAUUGUAAGAAAAAAAAUAUAAAAAUUAAAAAAAAAGGUUUAUAGCAAAUGGUCACGCUGAUUUAUGGUUAUAUUAUUAGGACUGCUAGCCAUUAAUUUGGACAGAACUUUUAAUUUUCCCUCUUCAAUAUUAGUUUAGAAAUAUAGUUUAUUGUUAUUGUAUCCUCACUAAAAUGUUUGCUCCUCUUUUGUUUGUUUGGGGCAGAUUGCAUAUAAAUCUAGGAGCUCAUUUCAGUGUUUUUCAUAACUUUUUAUUACUCAAAACUAAUUUGAAAAAUGUUUCCACGCUCAACCUCAAAACUUGUAAUUAUUAAUUUUGUCUGUUUAUUUAUGACAUAAUUGUGAUUCUUUUUAUUACUAAAGGCUAAUGAGAAGGGAUCCUUUCUUAAGCUGAUGACUAGGCCUACUUUUAAUUUUCCUGCAGUGUAUGAAGUAUUGUACCAGAGUAUUAAAUGAAAUGUAAUAUUUUAUUGAAAAUCUAUCCUUUAAAAGGAAUACAUUUUAGGAUGUCAUCAAUUUGAUGUGAAUCAUGUAAAUGUUGAUAAUAUGCGCUGUGUUUAUUAUACAUUUAGUGUUUCAAAAGACUCACUUAUUGCCUUUUUGCCCACCCGUAUUAUGUAGUUGAUUUUCAGUUGUCAAAAAAAAAAAACGACAUUAAAAGAAUAGUUUAUGCAUAGAAACAAUAGUGGAUGUUAAUCUCCUCCUGACCUGUAUUUAUGGGUGUUAGCUCAGCAGCUUUGCUAGUGGCAAGGCUGAAUUAUCAGAGUAAAAGUGUAUUUGUAAACUGUAUCAGAACUCAAAAUUAGGAAUAAAAUCAUUUUCUUAU